AUGGCCAAAAAAGUGAAGCAGGACAACGACGCAGGUGAAGAGAUAGUUGAGGCUUCAACUAUCCAGUGUGAUUACUGUAAAAAUCGUACUGGGUCAAGUCUCGUUUUUUGUCGUAUAUGUAAACGUUGGUUUUGUAACUCUACUGAUGUUCGGCAGGGUUCACACAUAUUUUUGCAUAUGUCGUAUACCCGCCAUUAUCAGGCUCUGUCUCACAAAGAAAGUGUGCUGAAGGGGAGCCGGUUUAAGUGUUCCUGUGGAAACUCGAAUAUCUUCGAUCUCUACUAUAGAAUGGUGAAUGGCGCGGUCAAAAUCCGUUGUUUACCUUCGUGCCUGUCCAAAAAUGCUCUUGAAGAUAAGGCAUUUGAUAUGGACUUGUGGAAACCAAUUGUUGAUGAUCGUCGCCUCACCCCAGCUAUCUGUACUAUUCCAAAUGUAACAGAGUACUGUUCAAUUUUGUCUGCUCAACGUAUCUCCCAGUACGAACACCAGCGUAUAGCGAAUAAAAGCUUGCGCAUUGAAGACGUUGUAGUAAACGACUAUUCUCAGGUUCGUCAUACCCAACAAGAGUACGACGAUUCUCUGGCUUACUACAAAGUUUUUGAACCCUUAAUUCGCAUUGAAGAGUAUGAUCAACGGCAAAGCUCGUUGGUCGAUGGAGACAAACAUGUUUAUGUUUCUUUCUUUCGAGAACACCACAAACAGGGGUACCAUCCCGUUGCUGUCUUUGAAAUCCAUAUGACAGAAUAUAGCCGUGGUAUAACGCAAUGGGAUAAUCUGGAGGAUUUGGACCAAGAUCAGGAUGAUGAAUAUUUUGAGAAAAAGAAAAGUUCGCAAGGUUCGAAAUGUAACCGAGCGGACGAGCAUGAAAAUCUGGUUGAGAUGAUGGAGAAUCAGAAUCAACUGGAUGAAGAGAUUUUACAGACGAACGAUUAUGAGAAUUUACUCACCUCUCGGAUUGAGUAUACUGGAAAGGUCAAGAAGAUUAAAUCCAUUCGUCCGGAAGUAAAUCUUUUUGAGUGUAGAUUGGUGAUUACGAGCAAAGAGAUUCCUCGGAACGUUUCUGCGUAUAAAAACGGGUAUUACGAUGUUCGCUUGCAAGAAGCGGGGACAUCGGCAGCCCGUCGACUUACCGCGAUUAAGCUCCUGGAUGACGAAAAAGCAAUUAGUCAGCACAUCUACAACAUUUUCUUAGGAAACAAAUCGAUGAUGAACAAACGUGAAUUCUACGUUUCCCACAGAGACCGCGAAGUGAGCUUCGAUGCUCCGAAUCUUCGCCCUCUCAACAGAUCGCAGCACGAUGCGAUCGCUUACGCCCUCCAAAGCGAAUUCACAUUGAUCCAAGGACCUCCCGGGACGGGAAAGACAGCCUACAGAAACGACCCCAAGCAUCUCUGGCGGUUCAAAACGCCGGGCCCCGUGCUGGUCUGCACGCCGUCGAACGUCGCGGCCGACGAAAUCUGCGCGCGAAUCCACCGAACCGGCGUGAACGUGGUGCGGCUGAUGGCCGUCUCCAAAGAGAGCAUGGAGAGCCCCGUGCAGGAGCUCUGCGUGCACAUCAAGGCGAGGGAGCUGAUGAAGGCCGAGGCAUCCGAGCUGCUGGCCAUCCAGACGCGCCACGAUGACGGAGAGGAAAUCGAAGAGGCGGACUGGCGGCACUUUAUGAAGGAAAGCGGAAAGUACAAGCGGCGAGUGAUUCAGAGCGCCGAUGUGGUGGUGUCCACGUGCGACAGCGCGGGGUCGCCGCUCCUCAGCGGCUGCGUGUUCAACUCCGUUCUGGUGGACGAGGCGUCGCAGGCCACGGAGUGCGAGACGCUGAUUCCGAUCGUGCACGGAGCGCAUCGCGUCGUGUUGGUCGGCGACCAGAAGCAGCUGCAGCCCGUGGUUCUGUCGGCAGUUUGCAAGCGAGCGGGGUACGAUGUGUCGCUGUUCGAGCGGCUAAUCGACUCAGGGAUGGAGCCGCAGCUGCUGUGCGUGCAGUACCGAAUGCACCCCGCGCUGUCGGUGUUCAGCAACCACAAAUUCUACGAAGGCCGCUUGGAGGACGGGAUCGGCGAGGCCAAUCGCCCGCUCAUCAAGUUCUGCUACCCCAACACGAAGGUUCCGCUGCUGUUCUGGAACGUGAAGGGCCGUGAGAGCAUCGGGAACACGGGCUCGUCCUUCCUGAACGUGCAGGAAGCCACCGCGGUGGUGAACAUCGUGAAGGAACUCAUGCAAUGCGGAAUCAAGGAGAAGAAGAUCGGAGUCAUCACCAGCUAUACCGGACAGAAGGUCCUGCUGAAGAAUCUUCUGCAGCAAAGCCGGCUGGGAAAAGUGGAGUGCGCCAGUGUCAAUACCUUCCAGGGACGAGAGAUGGAUUACAUUGUGUUGUCGUGCGUGCGAUCCAAUCCCAUGCGGAUAAUCGGGUUCUUGAAGGAUCCAAAGCGAUUGAACGUCGCACUAACGCGAGCUAGGUUUGGAAUGAUCAUUGUGGGAGACACGUCGGUUUUGAAGUACAACGAUCUGUGGAAAGAGUAUUUAUCGUAUCACCAAGCACUUAAUACACUGGUGGAUGGAAGUAUCGGUCAUUGGCAGGUUUCGGCACUGUAG